CAACCCUCCAGUCGCUCAAAUACCCAUUUCCUGCAUCAGUCGACUCUCCGGUCUACAGUGAAGUGUAGGAUGUUAAAGUUGACUCUACCCGAAAAAAUUGACAAGAUAUCUUCGUCAUAGAGAUUGGAUUUCAGACAAGAUUCUCGCAAGAAUGGAUAGUAGCGGUGAUGGUAGCAAUAAACUCACGCUCGACGAUAUCCGUGAAUUAAUUAUUGAGGAUGAGCCCAACGUGGAGAUUGAUAGUCUAGAAGAAGAACUAGGAUCGGGAAGAGGUGAUAACUAUACUUCGAUGCUGUAUCGAGUCCAAGCAAAGGGGCGCAAACUGUUAAAAAACGAGGAAUAUAUUAAUUACGAAUGUGCCAUCAUUUACAAAAUACUGCCGGAAUCCAAGAAACGUCGUGAGGCGUUUAAGAGCGAGUUAUUAUUCAGGAAUGAAGUUGUGUUUUAUAAGCAUGUGUGGCCCGCACUGAACAGGCUGCAGUUAAACGGCAGAAGAGUGUUCAGCGGGGUACCCAAGAUAUACGCCGCUAGAGCCGAUCUUAUUGCCAUGGAAGAUCUAAGACAGAGAGGCUUUAAGAUGGCAGACAGACGGAAAGGAUUAACAGUGGAAAAUUUAGAGCAUGUGUUGAAGGCUCUAGCGGGCUUUCACGCUCUUAGCUUGACGUUAAAAGAAUCCAGGCCAGAAGAGUUCGCGAAUUUAACGAAUCCGGAACAUGAUCAAGGUAUACAAGAAACGUUAUUUCGACGGGAUAAUAAAGAUUGGUACCGUCAGUAUUAUCGCGUGGCCGUGAAUAAUGCCAUCAUGAUGGUGUCCGAAACGCUUCCUUCGAACAUGGACUACAGGAGACAGGAAGUAAUGACGAAGCUGCAAGCUUUCCUAAACGAGGACGUAUUUUUCCGCACUAUGAGCGAACUUGUUUCCACGCAAGGACUUCUCUCUGUAUUUUGUCAUGGUGAUUGUUGGACCAACAAUUUCCUCUUUCAGGAUGUACCAAGCUCAGAUAUAGAGGCCGUUUAUCUAGUCGAUUUUCAACUGACGCGGGUCGGUUCACUCGCUCUUGAUCUUGCGAACUUGCUGUAUUGUUGCACGAGUGGUGUUGUUAGGCGGGCUUACAUGACACAGCUUCUCCAACACUAUCAUUCCCAUCUGAUGUCCUCCUUGCGCGUCCUCAACCCGGAACAGCCGCCGAAAGAUCCAUCUAUUAUGUGGGAAUUAUUAAAAGAAGAGAUGCGGAGAUGCGGACGAUUCGGAUUGGGAUUAGCAUUGGACAUUUUACCGAUUAGCACGUGCGCCAGUGACGAAGCACCGAAUCUGUACGAAACGAGUAGCACGGAAACCAGUGAGGAGAAACAUAAUACUACAGUAGCACCGCCACCCGGAGGUGCCGAAUGUGCCCGACUCAUGACUGACUUAGUAUUGGAAUUGAUAGACAACGAAGCUUUGUAGAUCAGAUAUCAUAUUAUUCAACGAUGUAUGUAAUAAUAUAAAUAAUAGAAAUCAAGUAUAUACA